GAUGAAGAGGAUUAUAUAAUUUGCUUUUAACCACAGAUUCACCCACACAUUCUGUGUAGCAUUAUCACAAACAUCUAAACCUCUUUUCACUCUUCCUCACUAUGAAUCUAGCAAUGGCAGCCAACGCUGUCGUCGCUCCGUCGCCGUUCCAACCCAGUUCGCUUCUCCGGUCAUCUUUCUCCGGCGUCUCCGUUAGGCUCACUCCCCAAUCCCUAACCUUUUCGCGCUCGAAGACCUUCACCGUCUUCGCCGCCACCAAGAAGGCCGUCGCCGUCCUCAAGGGCAACUCCGCCGUCGAAGGCGUAGCUACCCUAACACAAGAAGACGAUGGCCCAACAACGGUUAGUGUUCGCAUUACUGGCCUUACUCCGGGGCUUCAUGGUUUUCACCUUCAUGAGUAUGGUGAUACCACAAAUGGGUGUAUUUCGACAGGAGCACAUUUUAAUCCUAACAAAUUGACACAUGGUGCUCCUGAGGAUGAAAUCCGUCAUGCGGGUGACCUGGGAAACAUAGUUGCUAAUGCAGAUGGUAUAUCUUCUUUCUUUUCUCAUUUGUCUUCCUCUAUAUUGAACUGCUUUCUGUACCUGGUUAUGUAUAUUGUUGUCCUUUGUUUUGAAAUACAGGGGUUGCAGAGGUUUCAAUCGUGGAUAAUCAGAUACCACUCUCUGGCCCCAAUUCAGUCGUUGGAAGAGCCUUGGUGGUUCAUGAGCUUGAGGAUGACCUUGGAAAGGGGGGUCAUGAACUUAGUUCGACAACUGGAAAUGCUGGUGGAAGAUUAGCAUGUGGUGUGGUUGGUUUGACUCCAGCAUAAUUAGUGCAGGAAAUGUUUAGUCGUGUUAUUUUUCGGAUGAUGCUUUUUUUUUUUUUCUUUGUUAUUUCUUUGGGUUACCCCCAUCCCGUGAAGCACAAUGAGUCGCAGUUGUUUGCUUUCUUGAGUCGCCAUGUAAACUAUAAACUAUAAAGCAUAAUGUCCAUCUAAAGACAAGUGCUCUGAAAACAUAUCAUUCCUUCACCGGUGUGUACACCCUAAUAAAAUUCAUCAUGCGGUCAGGUGUUUAUUCCCCAAUGAAACUGA